CUUUCCACCAUGAAACGUAUACUUAUUACAGGAGCAAGCAGUGGUCUCGGGAAACGUAUGGCCGAGUGCUGGAGUGCCUCUGGCCAUGAAAUACACAUGGUUGCGAGAAAUGAGAAGAGACUCAAACAGGUGUUCUCUCAACUGGAUAGGUCUCAAAACCAACAACACUCGUACACCAUUCUCGAUGUGGCUACCAGUCCAGAUGGUAUCCAAGAGCUUGUCAGACAGAAUUUACCCACCCUAGAUGCUGCUGUCCAUGCAGCUGGUGUCACCCAAGAGUCACUAUGUAUCCGUACGUCGCGAGCAGAAAUGCAAUGCAUUCUACGCACCAACCUCGAGGCCGCCAUUGAGCUGUCUCAGGCCGUCUGUAAACAAUGGCUAAGACGGUCAACACCAUCGACGAACACCACUGCUACUCGAAGUCUGUUGUUCAUUUCAAGUCUGCUAUCUACGACCCCUAGUAUGGGAACAAGCAUCUAUGCAGCAAGCAAAGCCGCCCUUGAAGGAUUUACACGCACUCUCGCGUUAGAGAUGAAGUCCAAGAACAUUCGUGUGAAUGCUAUAGCACCCACCUACGUCGACACUCCCAUGCUAAGUGAGCGAGUGCGGGCUCAAAUCAAAACUGAACGCAUUGCCAGCGUCGACGAGGUUGUUCGAGCAGCCACAUUUCUCCUGUUCGACUCUAUGUGUUCGGGAAACAUUGUUCCCCUUCAUUGA